UAAUUUUUCCACAAAAAUUAUUUACUAUUUUGCAGGGUAAACUUUCUGAUGGAAGAACUGUGGCUGUGAAGCAAUUAUCAGUAGCAUCUCGCCAAGGAAAGCUCCAAUUCAUGACAGAAAUUGCAACUGUAUCUGCAGUGCAGCACCGAAACCUUGUGAAGUUGUGUGGUUGCUGUAUCGAGGGAGGCAACCGGCUCCUGGUCUAUGAAUACUUAGAAAACAAGAGCCUGGAUCAGGCACUCUUUGGUAAGAGCAACUUGCACCUUGAUUGGCCCACUCGCUUUGAAAUAUGUUUGGGUACAGCAAGAGGUCUAGCAUAUCUUCAUGAGGAGUCAAGAGUGCGAAUUGUACAUAGAGAUAUCAAAGCCAGCAAUAUUCUGCUUGAUGCCGAUCUCAACCCAAAAAUAUCAGAUUUUGGUCUCGCCAAGCUUUAUGAUGAUAAGAAGACUCAUAUCACCACGAGAGUUGCUGGUACAAUUGGUUAUCUUGCACCGGAGUAUGCAAUGAGAGGGCAUCUCACAGAAAAAGCCGAUGUCUUUGGAUUUGGAGUCGUAGCUUUGGAGGUCGUGUCUGGAAGGCCGAAUUCAGAUCGGAGACUUGAAGAAGAGAGAGUUUUUCUCCUCGAAUGGGCUUGGAAUUUACGGGAGAACGGGCGCGAGCUGGAGAUGGUGGACCCAAGUUUGUCAUCAUUCAACCAAGAAGAAGCCAUCCGCAUCAUCAAUGUAGCUUUUCUGUGUACUCAAGCAUCGCCGAUGCUGCGCCCACCAAUGUCAAGGGUGGUGGCCAUGCUGGCAGGUGAUACUGAGGUGGGUGAAGUCACCACAAAGCCUGGUUAUUUGACAGACUGGCGGUUCAACCAAGAACAGCACAUGGCUUCAUGCUCCGACCCAAUGUCGGCUGAGGUCUUAAGUGGAGGAAGGUAGUAGCCGUUGGCCCAUUGAUCUGGAAGUAAAUUCCACUAGGCCACUUUUCAUACUGCAGUUAUACACUAUAAUCAUAUUUGGUAGAUAUAGAAAUCUAAAAUACCACUGAAGCCCUGUAGAAGAGGUUUUCUGCUAUUUAUUCCCUUAUUGCUUUCCUUUUUUCUUUUCUUCCUCUUCUUCUUCUUCCUCUUCUUCUUUUUUUGGGUAAGAUGUGUAUUAUGUGAAUUAUUGUCAUCCUGGUAUAUGGUGAUCUUGUUUUGUCGAUAGAUACAUUGGGCUUGUUUUUUGUCUUACGUGGGUGGAUCCUGUUUAGUGGAUUUCAUAUGUGAAAGACCUUCAGAUGAAUUUGUUAACAAAAAUUAAGGUGAAAUUUUAUGCCUCUCAACUGCCU